CAUGAGUAAAUAAUGACAAUAUAUUACUGUCUGUUCCUUUCAAAACAUAUGAAUAAAUCUUUGUAUUCUGGACAGACAGAGGCAUGUGAGAGUUUCUCUGAGAACACACAAUUAAUUGGUCUGGGUCUGAUCUUAUCAUGGCCGCUCAAUCUGUGUUAGUUAAUGGUACAAACUCACGGCACACUGCUGCCUCCCUGGUGCUGAAUACAAACGGCCUGAAGCAAUUAGCCCACUAUAAGAGCCACUCAUUAAGAGGUAAGCAGUGAAUGAGACGCGCUCACACAGCUAAUCAAUAUUAAUGAUGGAUUAUUUACAAUUAACAAUGGCCCCUUAAUGGCCGCCUAAUUGUUUGUUUGGGCUUAACGUGGAGAGGUGAGAGCAGCGGAUAAACUAAGGACAUUAGUAAGAUGCAGGAGCUCAAUGGCUUCUCACUUUCUUUCACGGCUCAGAUAAACUCAUUAGCAACAGAGAAGCGUUGUGGUUUUCAUGCUGAGCUGAUGUGCCUGAAUGCAAAACUACAUAGAGAACUGAGAUGUACAAUCUUAGUACUGUGGGGUGGGUGUGGUCAAAACGAAAGGUUGUUGGUUUGAGAUCCAUGAGCUCUCACUAUUGUAUAACAAAGCCACAUUUUGCGAUAUGGACUAUCCCUGUUUUGAAAUAGAUUUGGAUAAAAAACAAGAUGAAACAUUUGUUCUCAACUUCAGAACACAGAUUUUACAACACAGGGCAAAACUGUUCAUUGUGCCCUAAACAAAUUUCUGUUAAUCAUAAAAAUGUACUUAUUACUACCUGUUAAUCAUAAACAUUUACUCAGAAAUCACUGACUGCAGCUGUCAGAGGAGAACUGGCACUCCUGGCUGAGACUGGGUUCUCCCAAGUUUUUUUUCUCCAUUUAUUCAUCUUUUUUUAUUAUUAUUAAUGAAGAACAAUUUGAACAGUAUUAUACAAAUAAGAGCACAUAAAAGUCAGGGGUAUCAAAAAAAGGGGGAAAAACUGAAAGGCCUUUUACAUAAAAAGCUUGUAUUUAUUAAAUAGCUUUAUAGUUCUCCUUGCUUUUAAAUCUUUACUUAAUUAGUUUUGUUUCCACAUAAUUUUAACUUCAUUUUAAAAUGCUCAGUUUUUUUUCCACACCAUUUAACUUUAUGAAUAUGAAAACGGGCAACCAUUUAUUCAUCAUUGAAAUUUGGUUCCUUUCCACCAUUGCUGUGUUGGUUUGCUCACCGGGAGACUGCUGAGAUUAUAUGAAUUUCUGCUAAUCCCAUUAACAUGGAUUUAAAUUUUAUGAGGAUGGUCCGCUCUGUUUUAACUCAUCGCACUAAUUUUCCUCUUCUGUGUUUUCUUUUUCAUGUAAAGCUGCUUUGAAACAAUGCAAUGAUACACUGUAAAAAGUGAUAUAUAAAUAAACUUGACUCGACUUAAAACUAGCAACAUAUGCUGAAAUGGAAAUGUGAACGUUUUGGUUUCUAAAUGUCUCUUGAUGCCCCUUUAGCUCGCCACACAAGAUUGGGGGUUCGAUUACCAGGAAACAUACUAAUAAAAUGUACGACUUGAAUUCAAUGUAAAAAUGCAUCGGCCAAAUGUGUAAUUGUCUUGAUAUUUUGGCUUUAUGCUUCUUUGUAGUUUAGGGCAAGUUUUUUUUCCGCUUACUUAGACUUUUUAUGUUUUUAUGGAUUAACACAUAAUGCCAUCUGUCCGUUUUUACAUCUACAAAAUGGAAGAAUGGCUAAAUAUAGCUGACAUUUUACAUUCCUCCCUUUAAUAAACUGUAAAGCUUUUUAUACUUUGCAACUUAAUGUGUUUUUAUUUUCAGUUGCAUGACCCCAAUAAAACCUAUUCUGGGACUAGUUGAGUACUAUGACAAUAUGUGCUUGUUCACUGAAUAAAUAUAUUUGAAAUGAUGGCAGAAGUUUUCUCAUUUUUUAUAAAACAAACAACAGCCUUGAGGACAUUGAGGUACAUACAGUAUGACCAUGCACUACUCCAUCACCCACACCCUGACCCCCCCCCACACACACAUAAACACAUUGCGACCUGAGCAUUCUGAUUGGCUGUUGCUCAUCUCCCAGCUCACACCUUUGAAAACUUUUGUCGGGCAAAAGGGGGGAGGCACCCUGCAGUUUAAGAGGGGGUCACUGGAGUCAGACCUGUCUUGUGUUGUCUUUCUCACUCUCUCUCUCAGCUUGUUGCUCAUUUCUUUUCACGGUGAAGUUUGACUUUAGGAGCACAGAUCGUUUUAGCAGGGCAGCGCUGAAAAUAACCCACCAGGGUACUUUAAAAACGGUAUUUUGGGAAUGUCAGGCCUUACGACCGGCAAAGACCCUUCAUGUGACUCAUCUUGACCUUCUGCACUGAGAUAAAACCUGCUUCUGCUAUCUAACAAAGGACAUUUUCUGAAAUUGUCUUUUUCGUAUGUGAUCUUUUUUUUAAACUAACUUUGGACAUUCACAAUGGUUGGUUUACUGGCGAUGCUGGUCACGAUGCUGGCUUCGGUAUCCCAAUCCUUCCGUCUGGGUCGUGUAGACUGGCAGAAAAGCGUUUUACCAGGGGAGGGAUGCCCUAAAAAGUGUCACCCUGAGAGAUGUCCGGAUCUCAGGCAGAUGCAGGGCUGUCCAGGGGGGCUGGUUCGAGAUCAGUGCGGGUGCUGCUGGGAAUGUGGGAACAAAGAGGGGCAACUGUGUGACCCGCAGCCCAGGUCCGGCUCCACGCUCUACGGGCGCUGUGCUGAAGGUCUACUCUGCCGAACUUCACGCAAAAACGCUGGUGGUGAGCCCCGGGCCAUCUGCGAGUGCAGCAAGCAGGAAGCACUUUGUGGAUCAGACGGGAAGACGUACAACAACGUGUGUCAGUUUCGGGCAGCCAAACACAAGCAGGGCAAGGGUCAGAUGUUGACGAUGGUUCACCACGGACCCUGCAAGGCAAAGCCUGUCAUCACUCGCGCUCCCCGUGACAUCAUCACACCCAAGGGAAGUGACGUCAUCUUUUCCUGCGAGGUUUCGUCGUAUCCAUUGGCGUCCAUUCAGUGGAGGAAAGAGGGGGAUGUUGUUUCCUUUCCUGCGGAUGAUUCGAGCGUGGCUGUUCAGGCUCGCGGCCGCCCGCGGCGGUUUGAACUGACCGGCUGGUUCCAGAUUCAAGCAGUCGGUCCGAGUGAUGCAGGUGUGUACACGUGUACCGCCAGGAACGCCUUCGGAGAGGUUUCUGCCUCCGCCAGAUUACAGGUUACACACGGAGGGUCUCAUCCGAGCAAAGAUCUCCAACCGAUUGAAAAGGGAGAAUACAGAAUAACGGACAAAGAAGAGGUGAACGAAGACGACGAAGAUUACGAGGGCCAGCCUAGCGGCCAUAUGUAUUUGUGAGAUCCAGAGAUUACAAAGAUUAUAGCAUUUAAACAGAUUUUUUCUAUUGUUUUGAACUCGCCGUAAACUGUGUCCUCUUAAAAUAUUUCUCGACACCUCGAUUAAGGGCGAUUAUGUGCGAGUAUUGUAUAUAAAUCCAAAUAACUUCUAUUCCCUCCUGAGAAUUGUACUUAAAAUAGAACUUAAUUAAAUAGUUGAUUUACACAUUCGCUCUCGAGUCCCGAGUUCUUCGAAACGGAUCUUAACACUGCAAAUUUCAGCUCUUCGUCAUAACGUUUGGGGUGAAUGGCCAUUACGUGAACGUGUGCAUAUAUGUAAACGCGUGAGCCGAAACCAGCCUAUGGAUGCGGUCACGGCAUACAUUACUGAACCCUGAACCCACUCCCUCCUGCUGAAUAAAAGAUCAGCGCCGCAAAGACGCUGGGCAGCAAAAAAAGCACCCAGGUUAAGUUGUUUGAAAGCUCUGGUAUUAAGAGGCGUUUUACACUUAAGAAGUUGGUUUCCCUGGGUUUUCUCUUCCCUCCCCUAUUGAUUGAUGCUUAGCUAUCAAUGCAUAAUAGAAAAGCACUCAGGACAAAUGUGGGGUUAUGGCCUUCCAGGGAGAGAGCAGACCGGCCUGUUUCUCAGCGCCAUUAUUGCCCCAUAAAGGAUCCCAGGGGAAGGACAAGCUCCUCACAUCAGCACACACCAAAUACCCAAUUAAAAAAGAAGACCUUUAAAUUCUCUCCUCUUUCCUGGGCAGAAAUCAAUCAGAAUUCAAUCUGUUCAGCUAGGAUGCCGACAGGCCAGGUAAUUGCUCACCAGAGCCGGGAUAGGUGACAACGGCUUCGAGGGGAGACGGUAAAAGCGAUGGGGUGAUUUCUUUCAGCACGCCCGGCUGCUGUGGGUGAGAAAGCCACGGUGGCUUUUAUGUUUAGACUCUCGGUGGCAGGUGAGGCUGAUUUCUUUUAUAGCCAUCAGGUAAACGAUACGACUUGAAGCUGUAAAAUAAACGGAUCAUUUAAAGUAAGCGGCUCUCAUAUUCGUCUCCUUAAAAGGGCUCUGAAAAUGAAUUCCAAUUUGCAAUGAUUUGUACUCCGAGAGGCAUUUGUCGGGGAGCGCAAAACACAACCGAGAGAGAGAGACGGAUGAAUGGACGGAUGAAGACGUGCUAUAGAGUUAUAAGAAUGCAAUUAAAAGCUGAAUCAUUCUCACUCCGGUGUAACUCUAGCCGUUGAGAUGAGAGCCGAGCCUCUUUCUCAUGGCUGUAUUUGUGUGGAUAAAGCUCUCCCCUGGCCCUCAUCUUAGAUGCACGCUUAAUGAUUCUCCGAUGGGAGAGGGUCGGCUGCUGUCGGGAUGGAAGACGCCGUCCGGAUGCGGCACUUCUCCAGUCCCUCUGGCCGGCAACACCAUGUGCAGGGGUCAGCCGAGGUCAGAGGUCAUGGGCAGAGAGCCGGGAUUAAUGGACAUCUCAAUAAAACGCAGGGUCAGGUUACCGGUUGCAGGCCGUGACCUAACACACGAGCACACAUCUCUCAUUAUUUCAGCGGCGUGUAAACACAGACCUCACUUCACUUGAGGGGAGGAAGAAACGCACCGAAUCGUCCACGGCAGGAACUAAAGACCUAAAAAAAGGCAACAUUUGAAUAAAUUUCAUAUUAAAGGCAUCAACGUGUGAAUUCGAAGCAUGUAGGAAAUGAGAAAAUGCCUGAGAGGAAAGUGGAAACAUGCAGGAAAGAUGUUGGAUUUAAUGAAGUAGUCGUGACAGUGAAUGAAGCAUUUUAAUAUUGUGCUGGUCGAUGAAAAGAGCGUGAAUAUCCACAGGAGAAAUGAACAGAGAUCAUAUAUUGACUCUGUCUGAGAAAAAAAUCUCUGUAGGGAAACAGACUUAUGCAAAG